UCGUAGUGUACGCAUCGAGGGUGCACAGCCAGUACUCGGUUCUCGAUCUAUACGUGAUUUAAAGUUUACAUUUUUUCCUAUUUAUUUACUUUACUUACGAUUACGAAUAACGAUAACAGUAUUUGUAAACAAGCUUACUUUAAGCUCAGUUAAAUUAUUUAUAAAAUAAAAUAAAAUAAAAUAAACGAAAGUGCGAAUCGCUCGUUAGCGUAAAGGACUUGGUGUUACUUUGUGAUAUGACAUUAGUGGGAACAAACGACGAAAACGCAUUGCCCAUAAUGUUGAGCGUACAACAGCAUCAUCACCAGCAGCAUCAGCUUCAUCAUCAACAACAUCAACAUCAACAUCAGCACAAUAACAACAACACCAGCUUGACAUCAAACAACGUGAACAUACAGAGUCACAGGAGUAACGUGAUUGUGUCGACUGGAGGAUUGUCAAACGAUUUGAAGAUGCAAUCAGGUUGCAAACGUACCAAGAUGUAUCAGACAACCCCUUAUGGCACAGUUCCGCACCAGCCGGCAUCAGUGGCACGUAGGAAUGCACGUGAGAGGAACCGUGUGAAGCAGGUGAACAACGGAUUCGCGACUCUGCGUCAACACAUUCCUCAGAGUGUUGCUCAAGCACUUGGUGGCAACACUGCUGGCACACAUGGGGGAUCAAGAGCUGGAAGCAAGAAGUUGUCUAAAGUUGAGACUCUCAGGAUGGCGGUGGAGUACAUUCGUAGUCUUCAGCGUUUGCUGGAUGACCAUGAGGGUUCUGACAUAACAAGUGCUCCCUCGACAUCACCUUCUCCUUCAACAUGUGGAUCGCGAGUUGAACUCCAUGCAAGUGACUUGCACUCGGAGUUGCACCAGCAGCACUUGAGGCAAAACAAUCCCAGUCCGUCGUCCUUCAUUCUGCCUUGCUCAGAGGCCUCCAGUUCGCCGACCCCGAGCUUUGUGUCCGAAACCUCGUCCUCUGGAAGUCAAGGUUACGGUGCAUUCACUACACUCUAUGCACCUCCGUCUGACAGUUACAUCAACUACGAACCCAUGAGUCCUGACGAAGAGCUGCUUGAUGUAAUAUCGAGGUGGCAAGAAAAUCAAUGAAAUUCAUUGAGAAAUACUGAUUUUUAAUUUUAUGGGACGUGCAAGUGGACUGAAAAUAAUAAAUAAGGAAUCGGUGGUUUUUGCCAUCAGCUGUGAUCUAGUCAAUACUCUCUUUCUUGUACAACUUGGAAACUCCCGAAAAAAAAUUUCGCUGUAUCUUCUUAUAAAUAUUGGAGCUCGCGUUUUUUAAAAUUUAAAAACAAGCGAAUACAAAAUGUGUAAAUAAUUAUUUUUUAAAGUACUUGUAUAUUGUUAUUAUUAAGAAAAUAUUUUAUACGACGAAUUUUGAUAGAAAAAUAUAGAUAGUAGAAGCAAUAUGUUCGAUUAGAACAUGCAUUGAAAAGUGCUCAGUUGAAAAUUUAUGAUAAAAAAUUAUUUAUAAACAAGUAUGUAAAAAAAAAAGAAAAAAGAGAAAUGAGAAGAGUUGUAAAAAUGAUUU